AUGGCUCCGCGAACAGCGGCGCCUCCGCCCGCCCGGGCAGCGCCGCAGCGCCAGCGGUGCCGGGUAACCGGGCGGCGGCGGCAGCGGGAUCGCGGCGCGGAGGGGGCGGCGGCCGCGGCACGGGCGGCCCCGCAGCAUCGCAGCCUGGCAGCAUCUCCGGCCCCGCAGCAUCCCCAGCCCAGCCCAGCCCGGCGCGGGCGGCCGCCGGCGCCGUCCCGCGGGCAGCGGCGGCAGCGCGGCCCGGCCCGGCCCGGCCCGGCCCGUCCGCGGGGCUCCCGCCCCGCCGCUCCGCGCUCCCCGCGGCCGCCGCCCUCCCGGGAAGGGCGUCGUCCCGGCGGCCCCGCCGCGCCGCGGGGUCGUGCUGACCGGGGCGUUCGGCACCGGCCGGGCCGCCCCGCACCCCCCCGCCCCGUCCCCUGGGCCGGUACCGCGGUGCAAUGCAGAUGUGCCGGGCGCGACUCCCCUCGCGUUACCUGGUGCCUCCGGGGACGGGCGGCGGCCGGAGCGCGUCCCCUGCGGGUGCGGCCGCGGCCGGGCCCCGGCGGGCUGCGGGCGCUGGCGGCAGGCGGGCUGCCCGCCGCUCCGCCCCGAGCCGGCGCUCACCCUCCGCAUCCUACCGCGGCUCCGCGGCGGAGCUGCCCGCGGCCGGGACGGGCAGGGCGGCCCGGGGACGGCCCCACGCGGCGGCUCGGGCGGGCGGCGGCACAUGCACACACGCGCGGCGGGGGCGGGAGGCGCGGGACAGCCCGCCCGCAUCAGCCCGCCCGCAUCGCCCCGCACCGGGCAGCCCGCCCCGUUCUGCUCCCGCCGGCGCUGACCUUGUCGUGUACCUGCGCCAGGUUAAUCCUCGCCAAGCGCUGCCGCUCCGCACCCCGCUGCGGGAUCCUGCGCGCUGCACUGGACGGACGGACGGAUGGACAGACGGACGUGGCCGAGGCGCGGGCAGCCCCGCCGCCGGGCCGGCGCCUCCCGGGUGCGGGUGCCGCUAGCGCGGGGCGGCCGGCGGCAGGGCCAUGCGGCUCCGCGCCGCUCCGCGCCGGGCGCGCUCAGGCGGAGCAGCCGCGGCGGCGGGCGCUGCGGCGGGGCAGAGCGGGGAGCGCGGCGCCCGCGGCUCGGCCCUCCGCGGCGGCGGCAGCUGCGCCCAUCCUCCGCGCCGCCGGCCUCCGCCCGGCCCCGGCCCCGGCCCCGGCCGCGGGCAGCCGCGCCGCUCGCUGCCGCAUGGAGCAGCCGCCGCCUCCCCCGCGCCGCGCCGCGCCGCGCCGGGGCGGGCUGGAGCAGCCGGGCCCUCCCCGCCCCGCCGCACGCACGGCUGAGCCGCAGCCGCCCGCCCGACCGCCGCCGCGCAGACGUGCGGCCGGGCCGCCCCCCGCCGCGCCCGGCUCGGGGCUGCGCGCCGCCGGGCGGGACCGGGCACGGGCACCGGCACGGAUGCGGACACGCCUCCGCCUGCCCCGCCACGCCGCGGCCGGGCUGCGGCGACGGGCGCCGAGAGCGGCCACGACCCUCGGGGCACCCCGCAGCCCUCCCGGGGACCACAGCCCUCCCCCAGCCGCCGCCCGGGGCCCCGGGUCCGGAGCGGGCGGCGGGCGGGGGCGGUGCGCGGGAGUUUGGCCUGACGAGCGAUCCGGUAGAUGCACCGGCGGAACCGUCCCGCACGCGGGGUGGGAGCGCGGAGGCAGCUCCGCUCCGCGCCGCCGGCAUGGCGAGGGCUCCUGUCCACCCUCGGGGCACGCAGCUGCCCGCACCCUGCCCGUGCCCUGCCCGAGGACAGGGACUGCAACACCGGACUUCUAG